AGGGGAGACAGUGGGAGGAGGAAUGGCUUCUUAUCUCAACAUCAUUUCCUUCUGGGUCUUUCACCGAUUUCCCCACGCCCAUGGGAGGGAGGCAGUGGGCAGGCUUGGCCCAGAGAGCCCCAGCCACCCCAGAGGCAGCGGGGCAGGGGAGGGUCCCGCGUAGGCCCAGGCCUCCCCUCCUCUCUGCCAUGCUCCCCACCUGCAGUCUUAGCUUUCCUCAGCCCUUCUUCCCAGACAGGAGGAGCGGCUGCUGAACCCGCCAGCUCCCGCAGAGGCUCCUCAGGGCGGCUGCUGCCUCCCCAGCUCCCGCAGAGGGCCAUGGCCUGGGAGGCCACGCGCCUGCUGCCCCUUGUCCUGCUGGUGCUCCUGGCCUCAGGCUCCUGGGAGCAGCAGGUGCAGAAACUGGAAGGGGAGGAACUCUUCGUAACGUGCCAGUAUCGACCCCAGAAAAGUUCCAAGACGAAAACCUGGUGCAGAAUAAUACCAGCAGGAACUUGUGACUCAUUAGUCACCCACCCCAGGCUCCGGGGCCAGCCUGGAGACCCAAGAUACCUCAUCAUGGAUUACCCCCAACAGAGGUACUUCACCGUCACCAUGGCUGCGCUCAGAGAGAAGGACUCGGGUUUGUAUGAGUGUGGAACCUUGGAAUCUUCCAUAGUCAUUCCUCUCAGAACCAUCCUUCUGUUGGUAUCUCCGGGUGAGUCCUUUCCCUCUGUGUGUGCUUCCCAGGUUCCCUGAACCGCAGCAGGCGGAUGCCGGGAAGGACCUAAGCCAGGCCCCCAACCCCCGUGGCUGAACCCCAGGCCCCUUCCCAAGGUCGCCGCUGGUUAUGGGCAGAGCCAGCACCAGAACUCAGACUGCCGGCUUGGGGCAGUUCUUCCUUCCCCAGCACACACUUCUCCAAACACUUGUUACUCAGUCGAC